AAUUUCUUCGUGAUUUUUAGCGUGGUUUCUGUUUGAACCCCGUACCAUUUUAUAAGUUUCUCGUAGCUGUACCGCGUGCACACAAAAUCCACACAAAAUGAAGGUCAAACAGUCGAAGAAGAAGGAAGAUUUCCAGAACAUGUCGCUCGACAACUUCCUCGAAAAUAUGGAUGCCGAUGUGGCGGACGAGGAACCGGAUCCGAAGCCGAAACUCAAAAGUAAAGGGAAAUUAAACGGUAUUGAUAAGGCCAAGAAAAAGGUGAAGGCAGGUGGUGAGGUGCCUGCGACCAACGGGGUGAAGAAGGCAGCGAAACCAAAAGCGGACUUGAAGGAACAGAAAUCGAAAUCACUCCAAAAUGAGGGCAAAACCAAAACAAAUGGAAUCGGAGGCCAGAAAUCGAAGCCGGAAAAGGGAAAACCUAAACCCGAGAAGCCCGCGAAGACGAAAAAACUCAAGCGAAAGGCAUCGGAGAUAUCGGAAACUGAGAAAGAUGCAAUGGCCGAUAUCGAGCAGGAACACAAAGAUGCCCUGGCCAAGCUGGAGAAAACCGAUCCUGAGCUGUACGCAUUUCUGAAGAGAAACGAUGAAAAACUGCUAAAGUUCGGGAAAAUGGGCGCAGACGGUGUCACAGAGUUUAGCGAUUCGGAUGAGGAUGACGACGACGAUCUUGGAGACGAGGACGAUAGCGACGAAGAGGGAAAGGUACACAAGCCACCCAGCAAACUGGAAGAGGCCAGUGAUGAAAGUGACUUUGAACCCGAUGAAGAAGGUGGCGAUGAUGAGGAAGAUGGUAGCGACGAUGACGAUGGCGCCGAUGAUGAUGAAGAUGAAGAGGGUGGUCGAAAGCGGCGCAAGAAGAACGACGACGAGGAGUUGACACCGGGCAAGAAGUUAAACUUUAAGAUGUUGAAAAGCUGGACCACCGAGUUGACCGAGUUCCCGGUGACGCAAGUAGCGGCAAUCAGAAACAUCUGCAAAGCCUUCAACUCUGCGAUCUACACGGUGACCGGAGAUAAGAGCUCGAUACCACCGUACCGUGUCGAAGGUUCCGGUAUGUUUAACGGCAUUGUCCAGACGUGCGUUCUGUAUCUGGGGCCUGCCGUCAAGAGCUAUCUGCGGUUAAACGAUAACCGGCAGUUUAAGGAUAUGAAGCGCGACAAACGGUUCACGAAGGUGCGCGGCUGUUUGAAGACGUAUCUCGUCGAUUUGACCAACUUGCUGGAAAACGUGUCCUCAUCGCACAUCAUGACGGUUCUGCUGAAGCAUCUGCAUCAGUUCUCAUCGAUUCUCGUUUGUUACCAGCACAUCACGAAACCAAUCCUGAAGCGUCUCAUUGGCCUCUGGGGUACGGCAGAGGAGGAAACGGUGCGAGUACUGGCCUUUCUGUGCAUUCUCAAGAUCACGCACGCCCAGCAAACACGCUACUUGAGCAAUGUGUUGAAAUCCAUGUACCUCGUGUACGUAAAGAACAGCAAAUUCGUCUCACCGAACACGCUGCCCAACAUAAACUUUAUGCGCCGUUCGCUGACGGAGAUGUUCCUGUUGAACUUUAACCUCUCGUAUCAGCACAUGUUCCUGUACAUCCGGCAGCUGGCCAUUCAUCUGCGUAAUGCCGUGAUCCUGCAGAAAAAGGACAGCUACCAGUACAUCUACAACUGGCAGUACGUUAAUUCGCUCAAGCUUUGGGGUGACGUUCUCGGGGCAGCACAUUCCCAUGGGGGAGCUCUCGAGCAGCUGAUCUAUCCCUUCGUAUCGAUCACUAUCGGUGUGAUCAAACUGAUUCCGUCGGCACAAUACUUCCCGCUACGGUUCCACUGUUGUCGCAUCCUGACGCAACUGAACGCCAAGACACGCAUCUUCAUUCCGGUGCUGCCCUUCCUGGUGGAGGUACUGAAGUCGAACAGUUUCAACGAAAGCCACAAAAAGCUGUCCAUGCGUCCUGUCAACCUGACCUGUCUGCUGCGCUUCUCGCCUGCCAACAUUCAGGAGAACGCUUACAAGGACGCCGUUCUCGAUCAAAUCUACGAGCUGGUGCUGGAGUUUGCGGCCAACGAGUCCGCCUCGGUAGCUUACCCGGAGAUUGUGCUACCCAGCGUACUCCUGCUACGUCAGUUCGCCAAAACGACCAAGCAAUACAAGUACGCGCGCAAGAUCAAGCAGUUGAGCGACAAACUCAUGGAGAAUUACGAGUUUAUGGAGCAGCGGCGUAAGAAGAUGUCCAUACAGCUCAAGGACAUCGAACGGAUCCGCGCCUGGGAGGAGAUGGUGCGCGUUGAGGGUACUCCGUUGGCGAAGUUCCACGCAUCGGUGGCGAAGGUGGCGGAAUCGGAGAAACGUCGACAGGCGACGGACUCGGAGAGGAUCAGCGACUACAAGCUACCAACGGUGAAGAAGGUGGAACGGAAACAGGUGAAGCGGGACGGUCCAGUCACGCUGUUCCCAUCCGACGACGAGGAUGAUGAUGAUGAUGAGCUAGGCUUCGGAAAGGCGAAGAAUGGCACCGAAAGUGAGGAGGACGACGAUGACUUGUCUGAGAUGGAGGGUAGCGAGGAUGAUGAGGAGCAGGAUGAAGAUGACGAAGAGGACUCUGCUGAAGAAGAAGAAGUGGUUAGCAAGAAAAACAUUUCACAAAAGAAACAGAGCAAAUCCGGGAAGAAGAAGGGUGGCACAGGGGAGGAAUAUCCAUUGGAAAAUGGAAAAGAUACGGAGGAGGUCGACAUCGUGAAGGAUUUGAACUUGGAAGAAUGGGAAGAUUAGGUCACGAUCCCGAUCGUGGUGUAUGUAAUAUUAGAUGAAAUGAAUAAAGCUAUCAAACUAUGUUCAAACA